AUGAUAGAGGAUCAAGCAUUGACUGAAGAACAUUUGACCGAUGCUGAAGAGGAAGAAAACUUUUUCCAAGAUGUCGACACUUUGCAAAACCACGGCAUUAAUGUAGCCGAUAUUAAAAAGCUAAAAGCCUCUGGUAUAUGUACCAUUAAAGGUGUCCAGAUGAUGACCAGGAAGAAGCUAUGCGCUAUAAAAGGCUUUUCAGAAGCCAAAGUAGACAAAAUUAAGGAGGCAUGCCUGAAGAUCUGUAAUGUCAGUUUUGUUACAGCACUUCAGGUCUGUGAUCAGAGGAAACAUGUCUUCAAGAUCAGCACAGGCAGUACAGAACUAGAUAAACUGCUCGGAGGUGGAAUCGAGUCGAUGUCCAUUACCGAGGUGUUCGGGGAGUUCCGGACCGGCAAGACCCAGAUGUCCCACACAUUCUGCAUCACCGCUCAGAUCCCCAACAACAGAGGGUACAGCGGCGGUAAAGUCAUCUUCUUGGACACCGAGAACACCUUUCGACCGGAUCGGUUGAGACCUAUCUGCGACAGGUUCAACCUGGACCAGAAUGCCGUCUUGGACAACAUCCUCUACGCCAGAGCUUACACUUCCGACCAGCAGAUGGAGAUCCUCGACUAUGUGGCAGCCAAGUUCCACGAGGAAGGGGGCAUAUUUAAAUUAUUGGUGAUAGACUCCAUCAUGGCCCUGUUCAGAGUGGACUACAGCGGGCGCGGGGAGCUGGCUGAGCGGCAGCAGCGCCUCGGGCAGAUGUUGUCCAGGCUGCAGAAGAUAUCGGAGGAGUACAACGUGGCCGUCUUCAUCACCAACCAGAUGACAGCGGAUCCGGGAGCUUCCAUGACCUUCCAAGUGGAUCCUAAGAAGCCGAUUGGAGGUAACAUUUUGGCCCACGCCUCCACGACCAGGAUAUCACUGCGUAAAGGAAGAGGUGAUAAUAGAAUCGCCAAGAUCUACGACAGCCCAGAUAUGCCGGAGAGCGAGGCUACUUUCGCCAUCGGCAACGGAGGAAUCAUAGACGCACACGAUUAG